AAAAUAAAAGUCAUUUUGCAGAUGGAAGUUAAUAUACCUGCUUAGCCAUACUGCACUGAAACAAAUGUAGAUUUACAAAUUCAAAUAUAUAGAGGGAGAUAUUUUCAGCUGGUACAUUCUGCAACGACAUUUCGAUUGUAAUUGGGAAUUUAAGCGAAAGUACGAGUUUAACCGAGCGGUCCUGCGCUCUUAUCUAAUGACUGGUGACAGAUUCACUGCAGAGGCAUCAAAACACAUGACAGCGCAUCAUGCGGAGCGUCCCGAUCAGCUGGUCGUUAUAUGGGUUUAUUAAAGACCAAGGUUUCAUGUAGAGUGCAGAGAAUGCUGAUGAGGAUGGAGAGAAGGAAGAGGAAGAAUUCCAGAUGCCGACACAGCAGUUGGCGAUCGUUCCAUCACUGAUUCCUGUACUGCAAAUGUGUUAACGUUUUUUUGACUGGUCAAUUCUCAGUCUCAGCAGUGAGAUCUCAUGGAUCACAGAGUUCAGAGAGACAAGUGCAGGGCCAGCUACUUUGGAAAUGUUAAGAAUAGACUGGGAUCAAAGCUGCCGGCUGGAAUUUCGCAGCCUCCAGGCUUCAUUACUGCCCAAUGUUCUGGUAUGCUGGGGAAAAGUGUUGGUGAGGAGUGUGUUAAAGGACAUCACCAAAUCCGAAACCCCAAACUAAGGCAGUACUAUCUAAAGGAGGCGGCAUUUCCAGUCAAAGAUCCAAACAUGAAGACUUUGGAGUCAUUGCGAAACAAUGAACAUGGACUACCCAAGAACAAGGCCUCAACGUCUACGGCGACAGCUUCUGAUCCACAUCCAAGACAAGAGCACAGCCUCGAUCCCACGCUGGAUAUUGGUGUUGUGGGAACUGCGACUCUUGUGUCCCCUUCCACAGAUGCGGAAUAUGACAAACUGAUGGAUGUGGAGGCAGUUCCUUUACCUGAUGGAAAUGUGUGUCUAUUGGCUCUUCCAUCUGAAUGCUCUCAGGGGGAGGGGCCAGCUGCAGUGUCUUGCCUCAAACUGUUCUCCCGUUACAUAACAGACAGAAAGGGUGUGGUCUCUGGAAUAUUGCUGGUGACGUCCAAUAAGAUCUUCUUUGACCCUCAGAAGUCUCACCCACUUGUUCAGGAGAAUGGCUGUGAAGAAUAUGUAUUCUCCUGCUCUGUGGAUGAUCUUACCUCAGUGUCCUUCUACACAGAUAUCUCUCACAUUCACUUCAGCAAGACAGCAUACAGAUCUAACAGUUGUAAGUCAUCAAAGAGCAAAACACACAGCCACAAGAAAACCUGCCAGUCAGCAUUAGAGGCCAUUCCCGCUCCUGAGUCCUCCAUUUCACAUGAUCUGACAGCGACUCUGGAUGCUGAAGAAGAGGAUGAGGUAGCUGGAGAGACUGGGGACAUGGCCGAAACUGAGAGGCAGCUGACUUUGGAGUCUGGUGGAAUGCUAACAGCUGCUGCUGCUACUUUCUGUUGUGGAGGACCAGACAGUGCUCAGAGAGGAAACAAAGAAUAUGAACACACAGUCAAAUCCGAACAUCAAUCAGAUUUGGAAAGACAUCUUUUAGGUCCUUGCACUUCUAAAUCUAGUAGUGGAAUAAACAGAUCUCUGAUGUUUGUGAGAAUUCGACAGAAACUGCAGCAUGGGAAGAAAAGGGCUUUCUCUAAACCUAAAAUUCUUUCCAGAGAUGUCUGGUUCACCAUGCAGCAGGAAAGCUCAGAUGAGCUGUACGCUUACAUGAGCCAGCAUCGACCAGACCUGUGCAUCCUGGAGGGAGGUGAGGAGGACCAGGCAGAGUGUGAUGAAGAGGAUUUUGUGCUUCUCGAUGAGGAGGAGCAGGAGGAGGAGGAGGAGAAGGGGUCUCCACGAGAAGGCCAGGCCGGGGAGGACUGGGAGAUGGUGUCAGUGGAGGAGAGUGGGCCGAAAGCUUCUGUCUCUACUGAACCAGAAGGUUUGAGUAACAUACUGAAGCAGAGUGUCGUACUGGAUGCCCAACAAGUUAGAGAGAUCUCGAGAGAGCUGCCUCCACGUACGAUCGGACGCACGUGGCAGCUGUCCUACAGCACGGACAAACACGGGGCAAGUCUCAAGACUCUUUACAGAAAACUCAGCACUACUGACUCACCUGUGCUGAUUCUCAUCAAGGACCACAACCAGCAGAUUUUUGGGAGCUUUCUCUCACACCCUCUACAUCCUAGUGAUGCAUUUUAUGGCACUGGAGAGACCUUCCUGUUCCUGUCUCACCCACGCUUUAAGUGUUUCCGAUGGACUGGAGAAAACUCUUUUUUCAUCAAAGGGGAUUUGGACUCUUUUGCCAUUGGAGGAGGAAGUGGUCACUUUGGUCUGUGGGUGGAUGAGAGGUUGUUCUUGGGCAGAAGCAGCCCCUGUUUCACCUUUAAUAACUGCAGCCUGUCUGAGACAAACGACUUCACGAUUUUGGAGUUGGAAGCCUGGACAUUCGGCUGACACGUGCUGUAAAUAAUCCAAAACAUCAUGAUUUAGUGGGAAAUAUGGCCAUUAAAAAAUAAACUAAUCAUCCAGUUUACGGACACCUGUAAAUGAAAGGAAAGAGAUCCUGGAAACUGUGAAUAUUCUUCCUUAAGUGAAGUCAAGGGAAGAGUUUUGCACCAGUGGAUGAAAGCUCACCUAUCGUCUUUACCAUCAUGAUGAAAAAUCCUGCUUCAUCUUGUGAUUAGAGUGCACUUCAUCGUACAAGAAAUAAUGUCUUAGUUAAGGUGAAUUCUGGGACAAAAUGCACAAACAACAUUAUCUGAAUGGUAUAUUUAUACUAGUGAGGUUGAUCAUGGAUCCCGCAUCAGUACUGUAGCGCUGGAUACACAGUGAACCUUUUUUUUUUUUUUAUCCGUGUUAAUUUAGGACUCAACACAAAUAAUCCACACCCUGACUAAAUGCCACUGAUUAAACUCAGUUACACUUUUACACAUGGAAAAGGUUUCACAUCACUCAAGCCAAAACAAAACCAUGACUGAAAUGACUUUGGGUUAAAUACCACAGACAUGUCACCCAAACCUCAGAGUUGCAUGUUUCAUGUCUUGAGAGACUUUUGGUGUCAAUUCUUUCUUAGACAUUCACAAACUCUUGUGCACUCCUGUGGAUUGGUUCCUAGCCUGUAGGAAAACCGUCUUCUUGUAAAUAACUCUUACAAAGGUAAUAACAUCAGUUAUUCAAAGAUAUCUGUACAAACGAUGGCUCUAAAAAUGUCAAACUUUAAGUAUAGUCAUACAAGACCAAUGCAAUAUUUACACAUGUGAAAUGCAGUCACUUAGUCCUAAAAGUGUUCAUUAACUUGUUACCUAAUAAACAUGAAAUUAACAGUAA